UUUGUUUGUCCUUUUCCUGUUUGCUUCAUCUUUCUCUCUCAUCCAUCCUCUCUCUUUCUUUCUGUUGGUUGGUUUUCUAACUUUGUUUUCUCUAUCUGAACUUUCUCCCUCUACCCUUCACUUUCUCGGAAAUUCUCGAGAUAGGUGUCAAAGAUAAAGACUAGGGGACCUCUAAUCAAGCUGUCUCUCAUCUGGGUUUUUCUCCCACAAAUCUCAUUCUCUCUGUAAAAGAGAAAGACACAAUCUUGAUGAUUGAGAGAGGAGGCUCUCUCGGAGAGAGCCUACCCUGUACAUGCAAGCAAAAUCAACAUUUUCAUCAGUUGCAUGAGCUGAGACAGUGAACCUAAAGAAGCUCUAAACACCUUGUUUUCUGGCUCUAUCUAUGCAGAGGGAGUCUAACAAACAGAUGGAUUCUGGCAAGUAUGUGAGAUAUACACCUGAGCAAGUGGAGGCCCUAGAGAGGGUUUAUAUGGAAUGCCCGAAGCCUAGUUCUUUGAGAAGGCAACAGCUUAUUAGGGAGUGUCCUAUUCUUUGCAAUAUUGAGCCCAAACAGAUCAAAGUCUGGUUUCAGAAUCGCAGAUGCCGGGAAAAGCAGAGGAAAGAAGCUUCUCGUUUCCAGACAGUCAACAGGAAGCUGUCUGCCAUGAACAAGCUGUUGAUGGAAGAGAAUGACCGCUUGCAGAAGCAGGUCUCACAUCUGGUUUAUGAAAAUGGAUGCAUGCAUCAGCAACUGCACAGUGUUUCAACCACGGCCACAGACACCAGCUGUGAAUCUGUGGUCAUGACUGGUCAGCAACAACAGCAAAACCCAACACCUCUACAUCCGCAAAGGGAUGCUAACAACCCAGCUGGUCUUCUUGCAAUAGCUGAGGAGACCCUGGCAGAGUUCCUUUCCAAGGCUACCGGAACUGCUGUCAACUGGGUCCAGAUGAUUGGGAUGAAGCCUGGUCCGGAUUCUAUUGGGAUCGUUGCUGUUUCCCACAACUCUAGUGGGAUAGCAGCACGAGCCUGCGGUCUCGUGAGUCUAGAGCCCAUGAAGGUCGCUGAAAUCCUCAAAGAUCGCCCAUCUUGGUUUCGUGACUGCCGUUGCCUUGAUGUGUUAAGUGCAAUCCCUACUGGAAAUGGAGGGACCAUUGAGCUCAUAUACAUGCAGACUUAUGCACCAACAACAUUGGCAUCAGCCCGGGACUUUUGGACGCUGAGAUAUACUACAAGCUUGGAAGAUGGCAGUCUUGUGAUAUGCGAGAGGUCUCUGACUUCUUCUACUGGUGGCCCAACUGGACCUCCUGCUACAUGUUUUGUAAGAGCUGAAAUGUUACCUAGUGGUUAUCUGAUACGACCUUGUGAGGGUGGCGGCUCCAUUAUUCACAUUGUUGACCACAUGGACUUGGAUGUUUGGAGUGUUCCUGAAGUUCUGAGGCCACUGUAUGAAUCAUCCAAAAUUCUUGCACAAAAAGUGACUAUGGCUGCCUUACGACAUAUACGACAAAUUGCACAGGAAACCAGUGGAGAAAUUCAGUAUGGUGGAGGCCGUCAACCUGCUGUUCUAAGGGCACUCUGUCAGAGACUGUGCAAGGGGUUUAAUGAUGGUAUCAAUGGGUUUGUCGAUGAUGGUUGGUCGAUUAUGGCUAGUGAUGGCAUGGAGGAUGUGACCAUUGCCAUAAACUCGUCCCCAAGCAAAUUUCUUGGUCCCCAAUAUAAUACAUUGUCAAUGCUCCCAACUUUUGGGGGAGUACUGUGUGCAAAGGCAUCAAUGCUUCUUAAGAAUGUUCCCCCUGCUUUGCUUGUUCGUUUCCUGAGGGAGCACCGUUCUGAGUGGGCCGACUAUGGUGUUGAUGCUUACUCUGCUGCAUCUCUUAAAGCUAGUCCUUAUGCAGUUCCUUGUGCAAGACCUGGUGGCUUCCCUAGUAGCCAGGUCAUUUUGCCUCUCGCCCAAACAGUGGAGAAUGAGGAGUUUCUGGAAGUGGUUCGUCUGGAGGGUCAUGCUUUCUCUGGGGAGGACAUUGCUAUGUCUCGAGACAUGUACUUGCUACAGCUUUGCAGUGGGGUUGAUGAGAAUGCUGCAGAUGCCUGUGCUCAGCUCGUCUUUGCGCCCAUGGACGAAUCCUUUCCUGAUGAUGCUCCUUUGUUGCCAUCUGGUUUCCGUGUUAUACCCUUGGAUCCUAAAUCAGAUGGGCCUCCUGCAACUCGCACAUUGGAUUUGGCUUCUACACUUGAAGUGGGAUCAGGUGGGGCACACCCAGCUGGUGAAGCGGAUAUGAGCAGUUAUAACCUUAGAUCUAUUUUGACUAUUGCAUUCCAGUUCACUUUUGAGAACCACUAUCAAGAUAAUGUAGUGGCUAUGGCUCGCCAGUAUGUUCGUAGUGUUGUUAGUUCUGUGCAGAGGGUCGCCAUGGCUAUCGCCCCAUCUCGGCUCAUCUCUCAGUUGGGGCCAAAAGCACUGCCUGGUUCUCCGGAGGCUCUUACUUUGGCUCGAUGGAUUAGCAGGAGCUACAGGAUGCACACUGGGCAAGAGCUCCUUGGGGCUGAAUCCCAAGCAGGUGAUGCUGUCUUGAAACAACUUUGGCACCAUCCCGAUGCAAUAAUGUGCUGCUCCAUUAAAACAAAUGCAUCUGCAGUUUUCACAUUUGCGAACCAGGCAGGCCUGGACAUGCUUGAAACUACUCUUGUGGCCCUUCAGGAUAUAAUGUUGGACAAAAUUCUGGAUGAAGCUGGUCGAAAGGUUCUUCUAUCGGAGUUCUCUAAGAUUAUGCAACAGGGCUUUGCGUAUCUGCCUGCUGGGAUAAGUGUAUCCAGCAUGAGUCGACCAGUGUCCUAUGAACAAGCCGUUGCAUGGAAAGUUCUUAACGACGAUGAUUCCAAUCACUGCCUAGCUUUGAUGUUCAUAAACUGGUCCUUUGUUUAAAGGGAAAACAUAUAUCCUCAAAUUUAUGCUUUAGAGAUUUAGGUUUCUCCCAAGUUAUGUACACUUCUAUGUUGGGGAGAAACUUGUAUGACAAGUAAAAUGAGGUUAAUGGCAGGAUUUGAUGAACACUUAACUAUAUUUGUGUGCAUGGUGUAUAUGAUCAUUUAAAUGGCUACUUAAUGGGGC